UUCGGCUCCUGCGAUUUUUAGGAUUUUAAGAAAUUUUUUAGGGUUUAAUCAGAGCACUUUGGGAGGAAAUACGAUGGUUGGGAUGGAAAUUUCGCAGGAGCUUCAGCGAUUUCUUGGGGUUUGAUUCAUCUCCCUCCUUCUCUCGUUGUCUGUCUCUCUGGGGCUCGUUGUGGGUGUGGGUGAAGAAGAGAAUGGGGGAUUUGCUUGCGGAGCUGGAGCAUCUGCUCCGAUCGGAAGGGAUGACGAGGGAGGAGGCUGUGUUCUUCAAGGAAUGCAAGGAUAGAGCUAUCAAGGAUUUCACUGUUGGUGCUUGUGCUUCUUCAGCCAUUGCCUGGAUCGCAUCUAGAAGCUUGGUUCCGUGGCAUAGGUUUAGCCUUUCAGCUGGGUCUGGUUUGCUAGCAGGAAUGUGGAGGUUUAAUUAUUCAUUGGAUGCUUGCGUGGAUAAAAUUCUAGGACGUGAUUGGGAUCACAUGAAGUUGGGUUUGGCAGGCAUAAUCAUGAAGAGGCAUAUGUAUAAUCCAUCACGUGUGAAACUUUUGAGUAAACAUAUGUACCCAGAGGAGGUAUUCAAUGACGUGAAUCCUGAUCGUGCUUUCACAUUAUGGCGGUUCCGGAACAUGUAUGUAGAGGGAAAUGAUGUUCAAAAGUUCCAAUACAGCAAAGUCGGAAAUUAUAAAAACUCCACCGCAAAGGAGCAGCCCAAGCAAAUCAUCAGCAGCCAUGGUAGUGAUAUGAUCACAGAUCCUCUGGAUUGCAUCUUUGGUGAUUUGGAAAGUGGCAAGGAAACCUCUCAUUCAAACAAUGUCAGCAAGCGAUCUAGAAGAAGACUUCGUGGUCAUAAGAGAGCUCAUCGCCAUUACCAUCAUCAUCAUCGUGAGGCUAACCAAAUGUAAAAUUUUUGUCACACGUGACAUCAAAGUGACUGCUGGUGAGUGUUUAAGACACCAUUAUGGUUUUCUUUGAUAGAAGGCAUAAAAAAGAUCAUGUUUGUCAUCCAAAAACCAAAUAUUUAUAAUCUAAAUCCAUAAUGUGUUUUGUUGGUUUCA